CCGGGAGGGGCCGCGGCUGUCACCUUGGCCAUGGCGGCCGGGCCGCCACCGCCGCUGGAUCGCCCCAUGCUGCCCGCGUUCAGGGAGGAGGGAUUUGGGGACAAGUUCCUGCGCAAGACCCGCGAGAACCCCCUCGUGCCCCUCGGCUGCCUGUGCACCGUCGGCGUCCUGACCUACGGCCUGAUCUGCUUCAAGAGGGGCAACACCCGCCGGUCACAGCUGAUGAUGCGGGCGCGUAUCCUGGCCCAGGGCUUCACCUUCGCGGCCCUGCUGGGGGGCAUGGCAGUCACGGCCCUGAAAUCCAGACAGUGACCUCGGGCAGGAGAGGAGCUGCAGCCGCUGGCCAGCACCCACCACCCCGGGAUGGAUCCUGGCUGUGGAUGGAGUUUUCUGAGGAACUGUCGUGAUGUCUUGGUGGAGCCACUGCUGGAGAGGCUCUGUAGUCCAGAGCACUGGAAAUGGGGUGAAUACACUCUGUGAUUAUCCUGAAA